AAUCAGACCCUUCUAAGUCCAGUGAUUCAGUUCGGUCCGCCUGGACUGCCCCUUCUGAAACCGCUGAUACUCACUUUUCCUCAUUGCGCCCAAGUCAGUCUGGGCAACUGGUCCUUCAGAAUCCUCUGUUUCUGCAAUCCGCAUGCCUCUACCUCACCUGCUGCCUCUGCCAAUGCUGCUACAAGUGGCGGCCUCUCGGGCACGAAUUCGCAGUCCUUUGAUAGUGGGUCAGUUGGCGCUAGCCCUGCCGUCUUCGACUGGACAUGGAAAGUAAGUGUCAAAUCACCACCAUCCUAA